AAUACCAGUAUUUAAAACAUGUUUAUUGCCCAGCUAUUAUUAUUUACAUAAGUAAGUGGACCCCGUAAAUGAGGACUUGGGUUAUAUCCUAUGAUUAGACCAGCAGAAAUAGUAAUGACUAAUUUAGUGAUAACUGGAACCAUAGAUGUGGCGGAACGACUCCGCUUCGUCGCAGUUGCGGUCGGGCCCAUUUUCUGGUUGCGCAUAUUCCCUGGUUUCCUUGGAUACGGGAGACGCGGCGGGAUACACAAGCAGUGAAUGUGACAGAGAAAGAUGUCUGCCGGAAGCUUCCCUACCGAACCGGCUACAUUUACCUUUUCCCCCAUCCUGAACAAAACAUUCGGUUUUCUCACAGACCGUGACACUCGGGAGCUGCUGAUGAAAUGGUCUAUGAAUGGCAGAAUCACAGCCCAAGCCUUUCGCUAUGAUGAGUGUUUCCAGUCGUACCAAAAGAAUGAUUUUGUUUGGGCUUUUUUCCAAGAUCCAGAUGUACUUUCCCAUUUGAAGGUAGUCUCUGAAAAUUCUGGCCAAUGGGUAAGACUAGGCACCAAAGUAAAGAAAGUUGAUGUAGAAGAAAUCCCCUGUUCUCAUCUGUCAAUGUCAAUUUUUGACUGCCUGUACUCCGAAGGAAUCGUAAGAGAAAGUGGGCACAUUUGCAAGUGUCUUGAUGAAUACAUAGAUGACUUCACUAUUUCAGAUGAACUCCGCAAGGUCCUUCUAGUGGAUGACUGUGAUAAAUUUGACAUUUUCAAGCAAUCAGACAGAGAACAGUUUCUCUUCCUUCUCUUUAAACAUCUCUGUCUUGGGGGAGCAAUCUGCCAGUUUGAAGAUAUGAUUGGCCCUUAUCUGGAAACGACAAAAUCUAUUUAUAAAGACCUCUUAAGUGUUCAGAAAGAUUCUGAAACAAAACAGAUACGGAUUAUUUCAACAGUCUUUAAAGUAUUGGCAUAUGAUGAGAAUGGAAUGUGCUAUCCAUCAAGCAGGCCACACCAGCAGACGUUUGCUUACCUCAUUGUGGACCCACUGAAGCGUCAUGUUUACGUGUUGUACCACUGCUUUGGCGGGGGAGCCUUUUGAAGCCGCUGCCCAUAGUAUCUGUCUUCUUGAAAAAUGGAUGCUGUGACUCAUACCUUCAAAUAUGUUUCAGUUUAUCCAGUGAAACGGUGGAAUUUGCUUAUUUCAGCAGAAAGGUAGAUCAGAAGACCUGCAGAUCCAUCCUGACGCAGUGUUUAUUAUUACUUUCACUCCUAUUUAUUGAAUUUUUUAACUUGAGUUCAGGGUUAUUGAUAUGUGACAACACACACUGGGAAUUAUAGUUCAAAAUAUAUAUAUAUAGUUCCUCACCAUAAAUCAGGGAAGUAAAAACUCCCAGCAUUCUCUGGAAGCCACUAUAGUUCAUUAAUAUUUGGAGGGCUGCUAGUUGCCUAGCCUUGCUAAUAUUUUCAUCAUCCUUGUGGCAUUUAAGUUGCAUUGAAUUAUUUAUUAUUAAAAAGAAUAUAUUUUUUAUGUUCUUAAAAUGAA